UGAUCAACUGUGUCCAAUCACAGCUGAUCACAUGUAAGAGCUCUCACACUGACAGCUGGAGUGCAGAGGAGAGCCGAUAAUCAGCAUCCCUCAGAGGGGACAUGUACACUGAUCAUCAGGGCACUGAGGAUCAGUGUGCCCUUAUGAUCAAUGUAGCCCCAGCAGUGCCACCUGUCAGUGUCCAUCAAUGCCAGCUGUCAGCGCUCAUCAAUGCCACCUGCCAGUGCCCAUCAGUGUCACAUCAAUGCCACAUAUCAGUGCCUACCAAUGCACAUCAAUGCCACAUAUCUGUGCCCAUCUGAGCUGCCUUUCAGUGCCACCUAUCAGUGCCAGUCAAUGCCACCUAUCAAUAUCAGUCAGUGCCACCUAUCAGUGCUGCCAAUCAAUGCCGCCUAUCAGUGCCAGUCAGUGUCGCCUGUUAGUGCCCAUCAGUGUUGCCUAUCAGUGCCACCUAACAGUGCCAGUCAGUGCCGCCUAUCAG